AUGUCUCAAGCUGUAACGAACCGAAUGUUUCGCCGCAUGAGACUCUCAGAAAAGAUUAUCGAAGUCAGCACACUCAUCUACCAUUUAAUUACACUCAGCAUUUUUAUCAGCGUUCUGACAACGGUUCUUAUCACAGGCAUACAAAUGCCCGAUAUUGUGGACGAUGAAACAUUUUUGGCCAGUGGACUCCGUAUUAUGGUAUAUUCCCAGCAGGUGGAAACCCUAUUCGAUGACAUUCCGUUAAGCCUAAGCAAUCGUUUGAUUGUGGUUGACUUAGAAACGUGGACACAGCAUGUGUACAGCUUAAACGAUAGCUACGCCUAUGUGAUGAUGACUCACUGGUGGCUGGCCCUGAAGCUAAAACAGAAACGGCUGGUUCAGCCCAAGCUGAGAGUGGCUCCACACAAAUUGUGUGGUGUUCCGCGUUAUCUGAGGUUCCAUGUGCAACCGGGCAUAUUUUUUUUGAGAUCGUUGAAACACUUCCUCAGUCAAGCUUACGAGGUCGGCCUAACCGAGCAGUGGAGGCAGCAGGGAUUUCGUCAGGCAGAGCAAAUGGGACACAUUAAUGUAGCACCCUACGAGCCAACUAUGCUGUAUCCGUUACCCUUGGAAUUCUAUACUACUUUUAUAUAUAUAUAUGCUUUUGGCAUAUUGACGAGUAUUGUGUGCUUUUCACUAGAGUGGUUCUACUUUCGCUGGACACAAUUUCGAAAUAAUAUUAUCAUAGUUUAG